GUCGAGAUUCGAACGACGACUGGCUUAUAAGGGCUGCGUCAUACCUCAAAGCCAACUGGGAGGCUUUAGUAUCACUAAAUUAUAAUUUGUAGAAUAUGACCCUGCUCUCAGAAAGUGCCAUCCUAUUGAUAAGAAUGUGAAACAUAUAUUCACUUCUGGUCGUCCAGCGGAGGAUCACAACGGCAGUGACCGCCGUGAGAAACGGAUGUGCGAAUAUUAGAGUGUUGUGAAAGGUCAACUAACCAGAAGAAGCGUUUACCAUGUGGUUGUAUCAAAUUUUGCUCGGUUGCGGGUUGAUCGCGGUGCUUUGCGAAAGUCAAGGAUUGGUAGUCAUUGGUCCAAAAUUUAUUCGAGCAAACAAUGCAUAUAGCAUAGCCUUCAGCAAUUCAUUUACAAAUAACCUCCGAUUGAAGCUGGAAUUGGAAGGAUUAAGGGAAGGGGUUACCGUUUUGAAUGAAACAAACGAGAUAAAACUUUCCAGGAAGACAGUAAAAUGUGUGAGCUUCCAGGUAGGGGCCAUUCCCGAGGCUGAAUACAGUUUAUUGGUACAAAGUCUAGAGGAUAGUUUCAAUUUUUAUGAAAUAAUUGAGUUACUGUAUGAUAAGAAAAGCUCGUCGAUCUUUAUACAAACUGAUAAACCCGUCUACACACCUGGAGAUGUUCUUAGGUUUCGGGUUAUUGCAAUAGAUGCCGAUACGCGUCCAGUGACGAGCUACAAUACUGUAGCUAUUAACCUUGAAGAUUCGAAAGAAACUUCCAUUAGACAUUGGAAGCAUGCUAAAUUGAACAAUGGAAUCUUUCAGUCAACCGUAAAUCUGCCAACUCUACCGGCCUUAGGCAAUUGGAGCUUGACGGUGACAGCUGGGAAUUAUAAAGUGGAAAAACAAAUUGAAGUGCGAGAGUACGUACUGCCAAAGUUCUUUGUCAAAGCAUAUCCCUCUAAAAUUUUACUGAUUGACGAGAAAAAGGUUAGCGUGACUGUAUCAGCAGCAUAUACAUUCGGUGAGGCGGUCGAUGGGACUGUUCGAGUGGAUUUGUUUUUGUACGGUGAAAUGGAGCGACCUGAUAUGACAAUAAGAAACCAGGAUAUUUCCGGAAUAAUCACCGUGAAUUUUGAUUUACCUUAUGCUUUAGACAUCGAAGAUCCUUAUCUAUACCGCAGGGAUGUUUCCGUCAGGGUGGAAGUAGUGGAAACAUGUACAAAUCACACAGUGAAUAUCGUGGAAGUAAUACCCAUAUAUGAACAUCCAUAUAGAGUUUCGUUGAUCAAGUCUAUGCCCUGGUUUAGACCCGGUUUGCCGUAUCAAGUGGAUUUAUCGAUAACGGAUCAUAAUGGUGAACCAGCGCCCGAGGAGACUGUUGCAGAAAUUUUAAUAAUUUACGAAGCGGAAUCCUUAGAGAGCGAAGUUGCAAUGCAGGGUAGUCUCCGUAAGGGUCUGAUUUCACUGGACUUAAAACCGCCAAAAAAUACUAAUAUAAUGGAAAUUCGGGUGAAAUAUAAUACCAAAGACUAUGAAUAUGUCGAUUACAUUUAUAGCAUCCAAUCAACAAGCAACCUCUAUCUAAAAAUCGCUUUGAAAUCAAAACAAAAGAUUCGUGCUAACACUGUAGUCGUUUUCGAAAUCAGCUGCACAGAGUCUUUGGACGAUUUUGCUUAUAUCAUCACAUCGAGAGGUAGUGUGAUCACCUCGGGAUACGAAGUGCUACAAAAUAAGAAAACAACCGAUUUUAGGCUAAAGCUCACGCCUCAAAUGGCUCCUAAGGCACGACUAAUUGUUUUCAGUAUAAACAAAUUCCUAAUUUAUGACUCAAUGGAAUUGAGUUUUGACACGUUUAAUAACGAAUUUUCGUUUACCCUGGAUGCUGAAGAGUAUCGUCCAGGUCAGCAUUUCCACGUGGACGUCAAAGCCGCUAAAGAUUCUUAUGUUGCUUUCACAGCUAUCGAUCAAAGUUUAUUUUUGAUGGGCCACACAGGGCAUGAUUUAACUGAAAAAGAUGUGCUCAAUGAUUUGGCUCUGUAUGGAAGCACGGAACCAAAUGAAUUUAAUCCAUUCGAGACAAUGGGAUUGUUUUUAAAAACUACUGUUGAUGUAAAUUUCGCUUAUCCGAUACUGAACCGGUUUGGAGGGCAUUUCACGUUAGCCGAAAUUGUUCAAAAACCUGUACCCAUCAGGGCGGACUUUCGUGAAACUUGGCUUUGGCAAAACUAUACCAUGGAUGGCAUUAAGGAUAAACUUAUUUUCAGACACAACGUGCCAGAUACCAUCAGCUCUUGGGAAAUUUCGGGAUUUGCGCUCAGUCCCACACUAGGGUUGGGAAUCAUUAAACAACCACAAACGUUCAGCGUGAAGAAACAGCGGUUUUAUGUUGUUCUCAAUCUGCCGUACUCCAUUAAGCGUAACGAAGUGGUUACGAUUUGCGUGAUGAUUUUCAACUUGCUGGAAAAUACAGUUAUUACAGAUGUGACACUAUUUAACGAGUAUGAUGAAAUUGAGUUCGUAGAGCAGUCUUCUAAUGACAGAACCCGCCGUACCAAAGCUGUAGUCGUGCCAAAGUCCAUAGGCAAACCAAUCUCGUUUAGGAUUAAAGCAAAGAAACUUGGCGAAAUAACAAUCAAAGUUAAAGCAAUCAAUUUACACGCUUCUGAUAUUGUCGAACGGAUGCUACAAGUAACCCCGGAAAGCCGACGUUACGAAGGUAAUGAAGCUAGGAUUUUCGAUUUAGUACAACCUGGUCAUCAAAGGUUUAGCAUGCAUAUUGAUAUUCCAAGGAACAUUGACGAAGGAUCUGUCAGAAUUAAGUAUACACUCAAAGCAAAAUUGUUUGACACACCAAUCAGUAAUUUGGAGUCAUUGGUUCAUCUGCCAACUGGGAACGGAGAACAAAAUAUAGCCAAAUUUGCUUCGAAUAUCGUUAUUUUAGACUACCUUUCUGAAAGUGAAAAGCUUUCAGAAAAAAAUCGGACAAAAGCAAUUGGCUACAUACAAAGUGGUUAUCAAAAACAAUUGAAAUACAAGCGGUCGGAUGGUUCCUUCGGUGUCCAAGGUGCUUCAGACACCAAAGGCGGCACAUUCAUAACAGCUUUCGUAGUGAUGUCAUUCAGCAUUGCUAAGACAUACAUCGAUAUAGAUUGGUCGAUAGUUGAAGAUGCACUCCGCUGGUUGGCUAGUAUUCAAACCCACGAAGGCACAUUCAAUGAGGUUGGUCGGAUUACAGAAGCUAACGUGCGAGGAGGAGUGGGUUCAACCAAAUAUUCACUUACAGCGUAUGUACUAAUUGCUUUUUUGGAAAAUGAAGAUUUUGCAGCAAAACAUCGGCAAACAGUAAACAAAUCGAUAACAUUUUUGGAGAGAAAUUUUGACAACAUAACAAAUCCGUAUGAUCUAGCAUUGGCCAUGUAUGUACUAUCACUUAGCGGUCGACCGAAACGGGAAGAUUUUCUAAACAGACUUCUAGAAAACGCUAUUUUCGAUAGAAAACUUAGUGAACGAUACUGGCAAUUGCCCUCGGUUAACGUUGAAAUUGCCGGAUACGUACUGCUAUCAUUAGUUGCUCUCCAUGUUGGUGAAGGACUUCCUGUUUUACGAUGGUUGAACAGAAAUUAUUUCGUCGUAGGGAGAUUUCCUGGAACACAGGAUAUAUUUGUCGGAUUAAAAGCACUUACCAAAUUUACAGCGAAAAUCCAUAGAAAUAAUUAUCGAGUUAGUUUUAAAGCCUUCAGCGUAUCUUAUACCAUUGACAUCGACAAACAAUCCAUGGCUAUUGAGGAAUUUAAUUUACCCAACCAUAUCCGCCAGUUGGAUGUAGACAUUUCUGGUAUCGGAAGCGGCUACUUGGAAGUGGCAUAUGAUUACUAUCAAAAUAUCCAAAUGUCGCGGCAAAACUUUCGAUUGACUGUACAAAUGCUAAAUACAAAGACUUGCCAUGUACAGCACCUCAAGAUCUGUGUCGAAUAUAUCCCAAGAGAACCCUACGACCGCUCUAAUAUGGCGUUUGUUGAAGUAUUUUUCCCCAGCGGAAUGGUUGUAGAAGCGGACGGAGUGGAAGAUUUAUCUAAUGCAAUUCGGAAAACUGAAUUACAAUUCGCUGGCACCUCGGUAGUUGUAUACUAUGACAAUCUAGGGCCGGAAGAGAAUUGUUUCAAAGUGAUAUCCUACCGUAGACACAAAGUGGCAGUGCAUCGACCGGCUUAUGUUGUUGUCUAUGAUUAUUACGACCGAGAUCGUUUUGCCAUUGAAACAUAUGAAGGAGAAGUAAUGCAGCUGUGCGAUACCUGUGAAGAUGAAGAUUGUCUUGCAUUGUACUAUGGGAAACUCAACCAGAACCAGGAAAAAUUCGAUUUUUUUUAGGAUUUUUUCUAGUUGGUAUGAUUAAAAUUUGUUGUUAUAGAAUGUAUGUAUGUAUGUUUGUAUGUAUGGAUGUAUAUAUGUAUAUGGUGUAUAA